AUGCUAGUAGUAUCUCCUGUAAUGCUUGGCGCAUCACCUGGGAUGCUUGUGGCAUCACCUGGUACGCUUGGAGCAUCACCUGGGAUGCUUGCGGCAUCACCUGGGAUGCUUGGGACAUCAUCUGGGAUGCUUGGGGCAUCACCUGGGAUGCUUGGGGCAUCACCUGGGAUGCUUGCGGCAUCACCUGGGAUGCUUGGGGCAUCAUCUGGGAUGCUUGGGGCAUCACCUGGGGCGCGUGGGGCAUAA